ACACGUUACUUCGUACGCCUUUUCUAAAUGACUAUAAAAGAGAGAUAGCGAUGCAGAUAUAAGCAAAAAAAAACAGAAAAGUAUAGAACCAAUAGCAACACUCAUGCAAAGAUUGUGUUCAACGAGCUGCUAGCUUUGUAAUCUCUUCUCACUUCUACUCCUUCAUGUCUCGCGCUGUAGCAGAAGAUCACUCCGCUGAUAACACGACGCCGUAUCAUUCCAUGGAGAUUGGUUCCUCGUUGACUUUAGGUCAACUUCUCAAGAACGUAAGCGACGUUAGAAAGGUAGACGUCGGCGACGAGACUCCUCUUCACAGCUCACAAGGAGAUCAAGAUUACGAUGAUCUCAUGCGUCCUGUCCCCUUCGUUCUAUCGUUCAACAACCUCACCUACAACGUCUCCGUUCGCGGGAAAUUCGACUUGAUCCCACGGAGGAGCCUUUCUUCCUCCAAGACCAAGACCCUUCUCGACAACAUCUCCGGCGAGACACGCGACGGAGAGAUUCUCGCCGUUCUUGGAGCUAGCGGGUCGGGUAAAUCCACUUUGAUCGACGCAUUAGCGAACCGUAUCGCUAAAGGUAGCUUGAAGGGCAAGGUAACGCUUAACGGAGAGCCUCUUCAGUCCCGAACCCUAAAAGUUAUCUCAGCGUACGUAAUGCAAGACGACCUUCUCUUCCCGAUGCUCACCGUAGAAGAAACCCUAAUGUUCGCCGCCGAGUUUCGCUUACCGAGAAGCUUACCUAAGUCCAAGAAGAAGCUCCGUGUCCAAACCCUAAUCGAGCAGUUAGGGAUCAAGAACGCGGCGAACACCAUCAUCGGAGACGAAGGUCACCGUGGAAUCUCCGGCGGAGAGAGGCGGCGAGUUUCGAUCGGGAUCGAUAUCAUCCACGACCCGAUUGUUCUCUUCCUCGACGAGCCGACUUCAGGGUUGGACUCCACGAGCGCCUUCAUGGUGGUUAACGUGUUGAAGAAGAUAGCGGAGAGUGGCAGUAUCGUAAUAAUGUCUAUACAUCAGCCGAGUCACCGAGUUCUCGGUUUGCUUAACCGUCUUAUCUUCUUGUCACGUGGCAAAACCGUUUUCAGCGGUUCUCCCGCGAGUUUACCGGGAUUUUUCGCCCGGUUCGGGAGUCCCGUACCGAAGAACGAGAAUCAAACCGAGUUCGCGUUGGAUCUCAUCAGAGAGCUCGAAGGAUCAGCCGGAGGAACGCGAGGAUUAGUCGAGUUCAACAAGAGAUGGCAAGAGAUGAAGAAUCUAUCUCCGCCGGCGUCUCCGAAUCCAAAUCUCACUCUCAAAGAAGCGAUCUCCGCCAGUAUAAGCAGAGGGAAGCUAGUCUCCGGCGGCGGCGGAGGCGGUGGAUCCUCCGUCGCAAGCCACGGCGGAUUCGCGAAUCCGUUCUGGAUCGAGAUCAAAACUCUCACCGAACGCUCGAUCCUCAACUCCCGGCGUCAACCGGAGCUUUUCGGGACCCGAUUAGCCACCGUCCUCGUCACCGGAUUUAUCCUCGCCACCGUGUUCUGGCGGUUAGACAACUCUCCGAAAGGCGUUCAAGAGCGGCUAGGUUUCUUCGCGUUCGCGAUGUCGACGAUGUUCUACACUUGCGCCGAUGCUCUCCCCGUCUUCCUCCAGGAGCGUUACAUCUUCAUGAGAGAAACCGCUUACAACGCUUACCGGAGAUCGUCCUACGUCCUCUCUCACGCCGUCGUUUCUUUACCUUCGCUCAUCUUCCUCUCGCUAGCCUUCGCUGCGACGACGUUUUGGGCUGUUGGUCUCGAAGGAGGCCCAAUGGGCUUUCUGUUCUAUUGCCUAAUCAUCUUCGCCUCUUUCUGGUCCGGAAGCUCCUUCGUGACUUUCUUAUCCGGCGUCGUUCCGCAUGUUAUGUUGGGUUACACGAUCGUUGUAGCUAUUUUGGCUUACUUCUUGCUCUUUAGUGGCUUCUUCAUCAAUAGAGACCGUAUCCCUCAGUAUUGGUUAUGGUUUCAUUACCUUUCUCUGGUUAAGUACCCGUACGAGGCGGUUCUUCAGAACGAGUUCUCGGAUCCUAUGGAGUGUUUUGUGAGAGGUGUUCAGAUGUUCGAUAACACGCCUCUGGGACAGUUGAGUUAUGGGAUGAAACUGAGGCUUUUGGAUUCUGUGAGCAGAUCUAUUGGGAUGAGGAUAACGGGUUCGACGUGUCUUACUACGGGUGCUGAUAUUCUGAAGCAGCAAAGAGUUACGGAGCUUAGCAAAUGGAGUUGCUUGCUUGUCACGGUAGGGUUUGGGUUCUUUUUUAGGGUUUUGUUUUACUUGUGUUUGUUGUUUGGGAGCAAGAACAAGAGGAGGUGAGGAUGAGAUGGCUGGUGGGUGAUACAGUACUUUGAACCCAAAACAUAUCUUGUAUUUUUUUUAGUUUUUGUUAGUGUGAUUUGUUGAUUG